AUGAACCGCACCGGAAGUUCUGUCUACGCACACGCCAUGGCGCAAUUCGCCAUUUGCCGCCAGCCGUGGAACGAGUACAUCAGCCUUCUCACCAAGCAGGACUCGACACCGUAUCACACGGAGCCGCAGGAAAAGCCGGCGUAUCGGGGCCGCAAGCGUGGGCGGGAAGGAUGGCUCUUUGGCCAGCAGGUCCAGCUGCACUACCACCGCUUUCCAGAUGAGCAGCUGCUCACGAACCUUACUCGCUGGCGCACCGGAGAAACGGUUGGUGAUGUGGCCCUUCAGCAGUUUCGCAACGCACAGCCAUUCGAUAUUGAAGAGAAGGACCCGCAGGGAAUGCAUCGACCAUCCCCCGAGGUUUACAUGAAGCUCAACUACAAGAACCCUGCCACUAUAUCCCGCUUCCUCACACGCACUGGCCACAUGUACCCAGCGGACAUUCUCCCCAUGAACCCGGAGGCCGUCGUGAAGUUGCGCGUGGCAAAGGCUCAGGCAAUCCGCAUUGGGCUCUAUCCCCGGUUUGGUAAUCCCUUCUGGUUCCGCUCGCAGAAGUUCCGUCCCAAGGCGUACCAGGAGAACUACGACCCCACCACGUACUCAACGAAGCACACAAUGGAGCACUUUGCCUACAACUGGGUGCAGACGGACCGCAUUCGGCGGUACUUCAGUGAGUUGGAUGCGAUGCAUAAAGCCGCGUCGACUGGUGCCCGCGGAGGGGCCGCCGCGACGGCAGAGCAGAAACAGCAGGAACAAUUCUACGCCCCGGACAAUCAGCCCAUCUCGAUGCAUCGCAACAAUACGUCGUACAUGGCGGAUGUGGAGCGAUCGGUUAAGAAUCCAACGGUGCCGGGACUUAUGUCGACAAAGGGCAUGAAGAAAAAGUUCCACAAUUUGUACUCCUCGACCUCAACGAAACGCAUGGGAUUCUCCAACCCGACGUUGGGAAUCAAGAAGGUGUGA